AGUAUCGCAGUGACUGUGUGUGAAAGAAGAACAUUUUGAUCAAUACACGAUCGUUUAUUUAGAAAAAAAACUCACAUUUGAUGACAUUACGAAAUUCGGGAUUUUUUUCGUGUCGAAAUAUGGCUCUAAGAACGUCAGUUUUAACAUGAAAUCACAAAUAAAAUACAAAAUUUGAAUACACAGUGUAAAAUUACAAAGAAUGCUUCUGAACGGACUGCAAUACAAGACGGGUUCUUUACAGAGUCGCAUUCAUUAAGUCUCUGAUGACUUUCAACACUUUUUGACAGUAAGUUCGCAGUGCGUUUGAAGCGACCAAUUUAGUUUUAAAGUGACAUUCAUCCAAACCGAUUCGUAUACAAGUGAUUCUAGUUAACAGUUCAGCAUCUGUGAUUUUAGCGAGUUUUUACCAAUUUUAUUCAAAAUGAAUAGUUAUUUCACAGAAAGUCAUAUGUUUACGUGGAAGACGAUUGGAAAAGGAUUGGGAUGUUUGUUAAUUCCAUUAUGUCUAUUUGAUAUCACCAUUCAAUCUAUAUUUUUUUUUGAUAAUAUAUUCGAUCCAAUUGAAUUUGGUAUUGCCACUUUGAAUUUGAUUUUGUGCGGGCUUUGGAUGUAUGGUAUUGCAAAGAGCAAAAUAAUCUACAUGUCAAUAUCGCUCGUUUCUUGGUUCAUCCAAAUGAUAUUUAUAUUUACGUGGAUAAUAUUGACAACGGAUCAUCUAAUGAAACCGAAAGAAUCUCUUUCUAGCUCUGUAAAAGUCUUGAACGCCUACGGUGCAAUAGUGUUUAUGCUCAUCUAUUUUGCAUUUGCUGUGAUAAGUUUCAAGAAAAUUCGAGAAGAAAUCCACAUACCACCCAUUCCGAAACUACCUAUACUCCCAAGAUGGAAUGUAAUCACCCCUCAACCACGUCCGAGGAUCAAAGUGAAAAAAUAUAUUAAUUUGCUUGAUGAUCAAAAUUGUGAUAAAGUUUAAUCUCAAAAAUAAUUGUAAUUUGUAAAUAA